UCGAUCAACUUGAAUAAGUGACGACUUUCGCUUCACGAUAAUUUUUUGUGUGGUGAAAAAUUGUUCAUUUUGUAAAAAGUGCCCGGUUUAUAUUUAUUAUAAUAUUUCCUCAUAAUAAUUGAACUGUAAAUCUUCAGAAGAUUAAAAAUGGUUUCGUUAAAUCCGGUAAGGAUUUUGAAAACGAAUGCCGAGGAGGAGAAGGCAGAAACGGCGCGUCUCGAUUUAUUCGUUGGCGCAAUUGCAAUUGGCGAUCUUGUAAAAUCGACUCUGGGCCCAAAAGGAAUGGACAAAAUUUUAGUUGCUCACGGCCGUACAGCUGGCGAUGUUCAAGUGACCAACGAUGGGGCAACAAUUUUGAAAAACGUCGGCGUCGAUAAUCCAGCAGCGAAAAUUCUCGUCGAUAUGUCUCGAGUUCAGGACGAUGAAGUUGGCGACGGAACAACUUCCGUUACUGUUCUCGCUUCGGAAUUUUUGCGCGAGGCAGAAAAAUUGAUUGAUCAAAAAAUCCAUCCGCAAACGAUAAUUGCCGGUUGGCGAAUGGCAGUUGAUGUUGCGCGUACGGCACUUAAAAAUGUAGCCUCUGACAAUUCAGCGGAUCCCGAACGUUUUCGCGAGGACCUUAUGAAUAUUGCGCGAACAACAUUGAGUUCGAAAAUUCUCUCCCAUCAUAAGGAGCAUUUCAGUAAAUUGGCCGUUGACGCUGUCACGCGUCUCAAGGGCUCGGGAAAUCUUUCGGCGAUACAAAUUAUUAAAAAACGCGGCGCAACACUCGCCGAUUCAUUUCUUGACGAGGGAUUUUUAUUGGACAAAAAGCCCGGUGUUCAUCAACCGCAAAAAAUAACUGACGCCAAGAUUCUCAUUGCCAACACUCCCAUGGAUACCGAUAAAAUUAAGGUUUUCGGCUCGAGGGUUCGAGUUGAUUCAAUGGCGAAAAUUGCUGAAUUGGAAGUAGCUGAGAAGGAGAAAAUGAAGGAUAAAGUAGAAAAGAUUUUGAAGCACGGUUGCAAUGUAUUUAUCAAUCGACAACUGAUUUACAAUUAUCCGGAGCAAUUGUUUGCUGACGCCGGUGUUAUGGCCAUUGAACACGCUGAUUUCGAUGGAAUUGAACGUCUCGCUCUUGUAACUGGCGGUGAAAUUGUCAGCACUUUUGACAAUCCUGAAUUGGUGUCACUUGGAAAAUGCAAAACAAUCGAACAGGUGAUGAUCGGUGAAGAUACACUUUUGAGAUUUUCGGGCGUUCCAUUGGGAGAAGCUUGCACAGUGGUGAUAAGAGGUGCAACUCAGCAAAUUAUCGAUGAAGCUGAUCGUUCAUUGCACGAUGCACUUUGCGUUCUUGCGGCAACUGUUCAAGAAUCGAGAAUUGUUUAUGGCGGUGGCUGCAGUGAAAUGGUGAUGGCUUGCGCAGUUAUGCGAGCAGCUGCAGCAACACCGGGAAAAGAAGCUGUUGCAAUGGAAGCAUUCGCUAGAGCUUUGGCACAAUUGCCAACUGUUAUUGCCGAUAAUGCCGGUUUUGAUUCAGCACAAUUGGUCAGCGAACUUAGAGCCGCUCACAAUUCGGGAGGUUGCACCAUGGGCUUAAACAUGGAAAGAGGUGAAAUUGGUUGCAUGAAGAAACUCGGCGUCACUGAAUCGUGGGCAGUGAAAAGACAAGUUCUAUUGAGCGCUAGUGAGGCGGCAGAAAUGAUUCUUCGAGUUGAUAAUAUUAUGCGCGCUGCGCCCAGAAAACGCGUCAAGGAUCGUGGACAUUGCUAAAAAAAAAAAAGAAAAGAAAUGUUUCUCUACACAUUCAAUUUCCAUUUUAAUUUGCAUUUUUCGCAUCUGCUUUUUUCUUUCACAUUUUUUUGUUUCGUAUUUUUUAAUCUAAACAACAAGAAAAAUAAGUAUUGUCAUUAAAUAAGCUUUAAUGCUCGUUAAAAAUUGAUUAAAUAAUAUUGGAAACAUUGCACUUUGGUGAGAUAUUUUCAUUCAAAAUACUGUGUUCAAGCUUCGACUUGAACAUUUUAUUCUGGAAGAAAGAUCUUAAGGGGGGGAAAGAAGGAACAAGGAGAAAAAGAAGAAACAAAAGAAGAAGAAGAAGAAGAAGAAGAGGAAAAAAUGAUGAUGAUGAUGAUGACGAUGAUGAUGAAGACGAGGAAUAAAAAUUAAAUAUAUAACAAUUAAGAUCACUCACCAAGGUGGAAUAUAUUCAGAUUUUUUCAAUAAGCGUCUCUUUUUAUAACAAACGAAAAAAAACAUUUAAUAUUAAUAAAUACUUGUACCGAUUAAA